AUGGGUCUAUUACACUUACUCUCCGGAGCGGCUUUGCUUCUCAACGGAGCAUUGGCCACUACGCCCGGCCCUGGAUAUUCAGGUGCUCAUCAUCCCGAUGAGAAUGGAAAGUUCUGGAUUUACGGCGAGGGCAUCGCCGCUGCUUUCAUCCCCUACGGAGCCUCCAUUUCCAACUUGGUCAUCAAGGACAAGAAUGGUGUUCCCCGGGAUAUCGUGAUGGGUUUCGACAAGGCCAGCGACUACGCUACCGAUAAGUCCCAUCCUCACCUCGGCAGCGUUCCCGGCCGCUACGCGAAUCGGAUCAAGAACAGCACCUUUGAGAUCGACGGCGAGGAAUACCACAUUACGGCAAACGAGAACCCUACCGAUGAGCACCCGGAUGGUCUCAACACCCUUCACGGCGGAGUGGACGGAUGGGACUGGAGGAACUUUGACAUCGUCUCUCAUACCAACGAGUCCAUCACUUUUUCCAUCGUCGACCCGGACGGCAAGGAGGGCUUCCCUGGCGAGGUCAUCUCUUACGUCACUUACACGCUGGGCGACAUGACCUGGGAUGCCAAGAUGAUUGCCAUCGCAACGACCAAGAAGACCCCCAUUAUGCUGAGCAGCCACACGUACUGGAACCUGGACGGUUUUGCCAACGACGAGACAAACACCGUCUUCAACCACACCUUCCAUCUGCCCUACAGCGGCCAGCGGGUCGCAGUGGACAACAUCUUGAUCCCCACCGGUGACAUCCAGGCCAACGCCAAGGGCUCCGUCAACGACUUCUGGAGCGCCCCUAAGCAGAUCGGCGAGAGCUUCAACGACCCGGAGAUCAAGGGCAACUGCGGGUUCAACUGUACCGGCUACGACAACUGCUGGCUGGUCAACCGGCCCGACCCGCACGACUGGCGCGCCGACGGCGGCUACGUCGCCAGCCUGUCGUCGGCCUGGUCCGGCAUCCGGCUCGACGUCUACUCGGACCAGGACGCCUUCCAGAUGUACUCGUGCAACGGCCAGAACGGGUCCUUCCCGCUCAAGGCCUCGCAGGGCGUCGGCCGCGACGCCGGCGCCGCGGGCGCCGCCCGCCGCAACGUCGGCGACCCGCACCCGGACCCCUCCCGCAUGGUGCCCAAGUAUGGCUGCGCCGUCCUCGAGGUCCAGGACUACAUCGACGGCAUCAACCACCCCGAGUGGGGCCGCCUGGGGAAGCAGGUGUUUGGACCCGGCGGCGACCCCUACGUGCUCCAGGUCAGCCAUCGGUUUUCGGUGGAGUGA